CCCGAUGCAGGCCCGAGGGGGGCCAUGGGGCAGGUCCUGCCGGUCUUCGCCCACUGCAAAGAAGCUCCGUCUACAGCCUCCUCUACCCCUGAUUCCACAGAAGGAGGGAACGACGACUCAGAUUUUCGGGAGCUGCACACAGCCCGGGAAUUCUCGGAGGACGAGGAGGAGGAGACUACUUCGCAGGACUGGGGCACCCCCCGGGAGCUGACCUUCUCCUACAUCGCCUUCGAUGGUAUAGUGGGCUCCGGGGGCCGCAGGGAUUCAGCUGCCCGCCGCCCCCGGCCCCAGGGCCGUUCAGUCUCAGAACCACGAGACCCUCCCCCUCAGCCCGGCCUGGGCGACAGCUUGGAGAGCAUCCCCAGCCUGAGCCAAUCCCCAGAGCCCGGACGCCGUGGUGAUCCGGACACCGCUCCCCUGGCCGAGCGGCCCCUGGAGGACCUGAGACUCCGUCUGGACCAGCUGGGCUGGGCGGCCCGGGGAGCGGGAUCCGGGGAGGACUCUGCCACCAGUAGCUCCACUCCGCUGGAAGACGAGGAACCCGACGGAUCGGAGGUGGGAGAAGCUGGGGAAGAAUUGGACCUACAACUCCGACUUGCUCAGUCCUCACCGCCAGAGGUCUUGACUCCCCAGCCCAGUCCGGGCUCUGGGACCCCCCAGGCGGGUACCCCAUCCCCACCCAGAUCUCGAGAUUCGAACUCCGGUCCUGAUGAGCGCUCACUGGAAGCAGAAGAGCAGUGGGGCCAGCUGGAGCGGGAGCCAAUCAGGGGACAGUGUGUGGAUAGCACGGACCAAUCAGCAUUUACGUUGGGGCCACACCUUCUAGUGGCGGACCUGCUGUACUGGAAGGACACGAGGACGUCGGGAGUGGUCUUCACAGGCCUCAUGGUCUCCCUCCUCUGCCUCCUGCACUUUAGCAUCGUGUCCGUGGCCGCCCACGUGGCUCUGUUGCUGCUCUGCGGCACCAUCUCUCUCAGGGUUUACCGCAAAGUGCUGCAGGCCGUGCACCGGGGGGAUGGCGCCAACCCUUUCCAGGCCUACCUGGACGUGGACCUAACCCUGACUCGGGAGCAGAUGGAACGUUUAUCCCAGCAGAUUGCCUUCCGCAUGGUCUCUACGGCCACGCAGCUGCGGCAUUUCUUCCUGGUAGAAGACCUCAUGGACUCCCUCAAGCUGGCCCUUCUGUUCUACAUCUUGACCUUCGUGGGUGCCGUCUUCAAUGGUUUGACCCUUCUCAUUCUGGGAGUGAUCGGUUUAUUCACUGUCCCCCUGCUGUACCGGCAGCACCAGAACCUGGGUGCCAUGGACAUGUCCCAGCCAGUCACAGGUGUUCUGGCUGCUGCCCCUCCGCAGAUCCGAGCUAAAAUCCCAGGGACCGGAGCCCUUGCCUCUGCAGCAGCCACAGUCUCCGGAUCCAAAGCCAAAGCCGAAUGAGAAGGGCGUCCCUGUGCCC